AUGUCUUCGGAACCAGCGCCCGGUGUCGGCGGUGGCAGGAGGGGCCCAAAGCUGCAGUGCACGCUCAGCAUCGAGAACAUCCUCGCCAGCCCGGCGGAGAAAAGCCCCCCGGUCCUGCUGCCCCUGUGCCUCCAGGGGCUCCUGGACUGUGCCCCGACGCGGCUGUGUGGGCGCGAGGGGAUCACAGCCGGCUCCCUGCCUGACGACGACGACGAGGAAGAGCUGGAAGCUGCAGGUUGCAGCUGCUGCUGCUGCUCGCACACGAGCGCCCGUUCCCUGCAGGACUCGCCGCGCUGGCUGGACGCCAGGCUGCCCUGGCCCAUGCGGCUCUUGCACUCUGCGGUCAGGGCCUGUAAGAGUCCCCAGGGGAGCCCGAGCGAGCGGCAGAGCUUCCAGCAGAUCCAGCGCCGGACACGCCGCCAUCGCACCAUCUUCACCGAGGAGCAGCUGCAGGCCCUGGAAACGCUUUUCCAUCAGAACCAGUACCCAGACGUCAUCACCAGGGAGCACCUCGCAAACCGCAUUCACUUGAAGGAGGAGAGGGUAGAGGUUUGGUUUAAAAAUCGACGAGCAAAGUGGCGGCAUCAGAAGAGGGCAUCCGCGUCGGCUCUGAUCCUCCAAGGCCCCAAGCAGUCCCCGGAGGAGAGCUGCUAG